UAUUUACUAAGGAAUUAUGCGAUCUCACUCACUCUCGCGAGAUCACAUUAGCAAACAUGGCGGCCGCAAUGGACGUAGACACCCCUGGUGGAGCUAACAGUGGAGCCAGUAAAAAGCGUUUUGAAGUGAAAAAGUGGAACGCUGUGGCUCUGUGGGCUUGGGACAUUGUGGUGGACAACUGUGCCAUUUGUAGAAAUCACAUUAUGGACCUCUGUAUAGAGUGUCAGGCUAAUCAGGCGUCAGCUACAUCAGAGGAGUGCACAGUGGCCUGGGGAGUCUGUAAUCAUGCGUUUCAUUUCCACUGCAUCUCUCGCUGGCUGAAGACCAGGCAGGUGUGUCCUCUGGACAACAGAGAGUGGGAGUUCCAGAAGUACGGCCAUUAGCAGCAACUGUACAGCUCAGUGCCUGUGCUUCAGAUCUAGGAUUUUCUUCCCUGAGAUGCAUUUUUGUUGUCACCAUUCUCUCCCUUGUUAAAGACCAAAUGGUCCAAAUUGAAAUUGUUACUAGUUAUGUUUUUUUAUUUUAUUUCGAGUUAUGUGCAACAUUCUGAGCUGUAAGUUACCAAUAAAGUCUCUCUAAAUUCAGCUCCAUCAGUUCCAGUAUUUCUGAAAUGUAAUCGCAUUCUAACACAACUCAGAUGUUUCUGGGCUGCUGUUUACUGUAAGGCUUUAUGUAAGAGGCUUACCAAGCCCUGUCCAUUCAUCUCGUGUUAAAUAAAAAGUAACCUGGAGGGAAGAUUA